AUGGCCGUGAUUCUCAAGAAGGUUUGGGAAUCCAUGAUAAGCCGAUCGGGGCCGGACUCGAGGGUUGGCUCCUCGCACCAGACGGCCAAUCGACCAGCCUCGGCGGGGCCGUUAGACCAGCUUCCCACGGAAGUCUUCAUCCAGAUCUUCAGGCUGCUUGGACCGAGGGACGCCGCGAGGGCUAGCGCCGUGUGCAGGGCUUGGAAGGAGCUUGUUUCGGACAACAUGCUCUGGGCUUUCUUCCUCCAGAAUGGGAGAGAACCUUGGGAUACCGCUAUCUUUGCCGAGACGUACCUGAGACCAGGAAGGCCUCAUACGUGAGUAAUUAUAUCUAAUUCCUGUAAAUUGGGAAGAACGGUGAAUAUUUAAUUCGCUCGGAUGUUAUUGUAAUCACUGUAUUUGGACUGUUCGAGAAUCGUUUUUCGUUGAUGUCCCGAUGCCACUAGGAUCGUAUUAACCUAGUCUAGUGAAAAUUCCUUCCCUUUAUCUAGGGAUUAAUAGCUUAAAAAUAUUCUUUUGAAAAAAUGGGGCAGUAUACUUUUAUCAUAGUGUGAUCACAUGUGAUAAACGCAUGUGAUCAUCUGAGCCUUUCACAGAUUAGGGGUUCAGUACGUCAGCAGAAGCUGUUCGCGAGAUACUCUGCAGCGAAAUUUCUUAUAAAACCGAAUUCUUUACCGUCCCCAAAAGUUCUGAAAUGUUUGAUUCUGGAACAUGCACAAUACCGAUACUCCGAUGACAAGAAGAAUUUAUAAUGAUGCCUUAAGCAUUGAAGUUUCAUAUUUCAUGUAGUUUCAAGCAUAUAUCAUGGGUGUUAUUGGAAGAUUUAUUUCCUUAAGAAUACCACUUAUUCAGCUCGUUCAUUAGCCUCCACAUUCAUGUGGAUUUUUCUUGAUAGUCUUAUAUCAUCUGCCGCCGAUUCCUUUAUCAAUAUCAUAUUUAUCUAUUAAAAUUGUCGAUGAUCAAGUUUUAGUGCAUUAGUUUCUCGAAGUAUAAUGUUUUUUCUAAAUAUAAUGUUUGAAAUGUUCUUUCACGUGUUCAAAAUGCCAGGUCGAUCUCAUUGUUACAUGUAAGCAUGAAAGAUUUAUGAAAAUUUUGAAUCAUUUUAUGGAUUUAGUUUUAUUUUUAAUCAUUGAUAAUAGAGCCUUAUUUCAAUCUGUCUAUUCACCAAUCUCUUUCAAGAUGCGCAAUCUGUAACUCAGAGUUUUCUUUUAAAAUGUGUGCCAAUUGCUCUUUAGAUGUCACCUUUUCAUCAUGGCGUUAUCUGAUUCGUUACUUCCAUGCAGGAAUUACAUGGCAUACUUCAGUCAUUCACCUCAGUUAUCCUUUAUGCAUAUUUAUGCUCAGCGUGAAAAAGUUCCAGGCUCCGUUAUCAUUGAUGGUGAGUUCUAAACUACUGUACCCUCCCAUAAUCAUUCUACCGUAACAAGUUUUCUACCUCGUUUUUUAGGUGAUUAUGAUGGUAGAUACGAGCAUCAAAUUCUCAUAGUUAGGUCUGUUCCAAUAAUAAUAAUAAUCUUAUCAUUAUAAAGAGAAACAUAUAAAAAAUAGCAUUUGCGUUAUCAUUUUGCAUAUCUGUUGCUUAUCUGUCGAAGUAAAAAAUUUCAUAAGUUAGCUUUGUUGUAUUUUGUGUCCGAUUACUAUGACAGAAGUUUUCUACUCCAUGUGACGACGUUUGGCAAAUUGAGACGUAUCCACUUUUUAAAUUAUGACUGCUCUAUGUUCUAGUCAACUUUUUCGACGAGUCCCUAAUGUUGAAGAGUUGUAGUAGGGAAUCCUCUGGCGGCACAGUUACUGGUGACAUGAGUCUGUAGAAGUGACAGUACAGCUUGAAAAAAAUGUGUCCCUUGACAGGAAUGACACAGGGAAAAAGUAGGGACCCAUUAGAACAACCUAGUCAAGGUUUUCUCCUUCCGUUUUGACUUGAAUGACGAGAGGGAUCAGAAUGAUAAUAUUGAAUUUUCGGAAUUGGAAACAAAAAGCACAGAGUAGCAGAUAAAUCCUAUGCUAAACAAAGGGAUUAAAAUUUGCCAACACAACCAAAUGAACAGGCAUAUUCAGCACUGGAUAUGUCAGGUGAAUUUGGUACUUACGAGGGCAAUUACACCCAAGGAAUAUGUACAAGUGAUGGCCUACGUUAUGAUGGUGAAUCUCCACAUCUCUAUCUCCAGGUAGAUCCGCCUAUGCUACAUAUUUAUAAGAGUUAUUUGUACCUUUACAAUGAGAAUUCUUUGGAUUUUGAUUUUCAAACAUUUAUUGUCGAUGAACUAAUUGUGACACUGGAGAUGUCAGAUGUCCUUCAGUUAAAUUGAAAGGUUAUAAAUGCAUUAACAACUAUCGUAUAUACCAUAUAUAUGAAAAAAUUUCACGUCUAACUUCCUUUAUUGAUUAAUUUCUCUUUUCGAAGUUAUUGACUUGGACUGUUUCUAUCUGGCUGCUAUUAUCGUGAAGGUGGAUCUGGAUAUUGCAAAUAUGGUUGGAGCAAAUAUAAUGCGCCAUCUGGACGUUGUGCUACGUUUAUGGUGCAUUAUACCUAUGAAUCUCAAAAUUUCUGACAUCUAAUAUAUCACUUAUGUUUGUUCGUUGACACAUCUCGCCACGUCUUUACUCAAGUUUUUAUGUGCGUUUUCAUGGUCUAUUCUGUGGUUUAUCUGCAGGAAUUCGGAAAUAUUGAGUCCCCAAUUUUAUCAAGACUGCAACACUUUUUUACAGCAGUUUUCACCAGGUAUUUCAAUCAGCCAUCCUACUAUAGUGCUUCAAAGUUAACUAAUUCUAUGUGAAAUGUUCCAGCAAGUUUAUGUUUUCUUACUCAUCUUCGUUAUAUUAGAGCGUAUCUCUUUUCUCAUAUAUGAGAGGAAAUAUGGAAUAUAGAUAAUAUGCGGGCAAGAUGCAGAAAAAAUGUGAAUACCCAGAAAAUAAAACCCAACUAUAUCAACACAGUUCACAUUCUCUUAAUCUUCCUAGAUAACUCGACAUUAUGGCAUCUAACAGAUAGUAUCAUUUCUAGAGCCUAUAUGGCAUCCAUCUCUGAUCCUCAAAUAUAAGACUAGCAUAUACAAUGAACGUUGGCAACAAACGUGGUACUUUGACAUCUGAAUGUCUCACAAAGUCGACCAAUGCUAAUCUGAUGUAACUCUUAACGAAGAGUUAGUUCUUGAUAAAAUAAAGGCAGAAGAGUUUGUAUAGCAUACGAAGAUUUUUACUGAAAUAAUAUAAAAAUAAAAGAAAAUUUCAAAUAAGGUUUCUCCUAGUGACAUGAAUUACUUUCAGAACUCUGUACCUUGACUUCGAUGCCUUCUUCUUGUGUGGACGGGUGGUAUGUUGCCACCCUUUGUUAGGAAUGAAUGGUGCGACUCUUCACUACUCAUCCUAUUUUUAAUAUUCUACGCUGAUAUAUUUCAUUUUUCAUGCAGAAGGUCUUAUCCAUCAAUUAAAUGUUUCUUAUCUGUACUUAUCUUGUGGCCGAUUGAUUUCAUCAAUUAUACGUUAUUUUAUAUCUUUAAAAUUUACAAGUUUCAAAGUUAGAGCCUCGAAAAACAUGAGAAUCUUAUUGAAUUAUAUUUGCGUUAAACGCCAUAAAAUUUUGAGAACAAAAUAUUGAACAUGGGUGUCAUGACUACCACUGACACUUGCAAAGAAGUGAAGGAUCUACGACUAAAUAUUUAGUCAUACAUUUAAAAUUGAGAACUUGAGAGAGUUGGAUAGAACGGGCAGCUGGUUACUUCUCGCACCACCCUUUUUUUUCUACUUUAAUGUGUUGCAUUGAGGAGAACCUGAAAUGAGAAAAUAAUGAUGUGUAGCGUAGGACCGUGUAGGUGAAAUAUGGAAUCCAUUAUCAUACUUAGUGAAGAGCAUGUGCUAUAGGUCUUACCCUAUUUCAUUCAUUUUACGGUUUUAUAGCUGCUAAACUUUCACAUGAAUUAUUUGAUCGUCUGAUUUCUUUGUAGCAAUAUUUCAACAAGACACUGACAAGUUUUUUACACAGGAUGCAGGUAAAACGUUCCUUACGGCCAGUUGUUGUUUCCAUUCCAAUCUGUCAUUCUGAUGGUCAGUUACUUUUCAUUUCGCUUCCUUUUUAAUUUUUUUUUUUGUGGGCCUAGUGCUCUCGGUUCAUCAUAUAACAGAUUUCCUUGUAAAAUUAUUGUGAUUUACUGCAUAGGAUAGGUCAACCCAUAUUGAAUCAUUGUAUUUUUCACGUCUUAUGAUGAGCUUAUAUUCACGUUUUUCUUGGGAUAAAUGUGGAUAACCAUAAAUCUGUUUCCGUCAUCGAUGCAUUCCCUUUUUUUUAAUUAGUGAAAACAGAAUAUAUAGCUCUCAUAGAAUCAUUGACCGUCAGUGGACAUUUGAGGAAUUUUAUGUUCGUGUCUUAAGCAAUCGCAUAAAAAUAUUAGAUUAUGUGUUGGCCACAUAUAGUUAUGGAAAUGGUCAACUGAUUCAGUUCGUUGUUUUGCUCAAUGCUUGAUUUGGCUACGGUUAGGUUCCUUCAGAAUGGGAUCAGUACUGUAAUAGAAAUGCCUGAAAACGCUAACCGUUCAAUGGUAUAGCUAUAUACCGUCAAAACUGUGUGAAAAAAAUGUGUAAUUGACCAUUAGUUUUUAUCGAUCAGUUCAGUGGGUUGGUUGUGCUGUUGGUCAGUCUCUUAGUUUGGUUGGUGAAUAUCCCAUAAAUCGUGGGAUUUAAUCUUAGGUAGUUUACUAGCAAUACUUUGAAUUGAAAAGACUAAAAUUUCCCAGCUCUUUAUAUACUUAUCUUGUUUGCAUCAUGGUAGCCUAGGCUUCGGCUUGGAAAGCUGGAACUUUUGCCGUAGUCUUCAUCCUCCCCACGCCUGGUUCCCAUCGUCGCCCGUCCUUCUCGAAGAAGCCCUAACCCUAGAGGUCAGACGCAUUGUCUCUCCCUGUCCCUCCGCGCCCAUGUAAAUGGGAGGCAAGGGAAUCGGUUCCGUCCAUCCACUGCUCUCUGUCGGUCUCCAGGCGGCGAGCGGGAUCUCUGUCUGUAUCUGAUAUUGUUCCGAAUCGCCUGACCUUGGGAUGUCCUCUUUCGGCUGUCAUUCUUGGAUGUCUCUGCCACAUGUGAAGCGGAUCGGUUUUGCUUCGUCAGGCUCUUGGAUCAGCUGAUUGCCUCGGUUUUUCUUCGUCAGACUGUUCAAGAUUGGUCUUCAUCGUUGUUUUCCAAAUUCCAGACCGCCGUCCGUAUCGUCUCACGCCUUAUAGAUGCCAGAGGUUUUAGAGACCACCGCUACGUCACAAUCGGAGGAGUUUGUAUGGUUUCGACAAGCCGGAGAUUUGCAGAGUAUUCAGCUACAUGCAAGCUGGAUGGAAAACAUUACCUGAAGUGGUGCCAAGUUGUUCGACUGUUCUGAAAGGGAAAGGGAAGAUCAGCCAUCUCAUAGGUGCAGGGCCAAAACCAGGGGAUCCUCGGUUUGAGGCGUAUGAUGAAGAAGAUACCAUGAUUAUGGUGUCACUAUUGAAUUCUACGAUACCCGUGAUCGGCAGCACAUGUAUGUUCUUGGCUACACCCAAGGACAUAUGGGAUGGAAUCUGGCAGACUUAUUUCAAAGCUAGAGAUGCAGCUCAAAUUUAUGAAGGUGAAGGCGAUACAGUUACAUCAUAUGCUAAUCAACUGAAAGCUUCGUGGCAAGAACUUGACUAUUACAGGAUGAUUAAAAUCACACUGUCCCAAGGAGACAACUAUUUUUAAGAAUUUUAUUGAGCAAGACAAUUCGGGAUUUUCUUGUUGGGCUUAAUCUAGAGUUUGAUCAAGUGAAAACUCAGGUUCUCGGUAAACAUGAAGAUCUAGGUACCGUGCUUUAAUGAAGUAGUGGUAUUAAUCAAAGAAAGCAAAAAGGCUCUAUGUUGAACCAAAAGGCAUGGACAACUCGCCUUUCCAAGUCGGAAAAUAGUCACAAGUGAUGGCUCUUUUACUAACUGUAGCACGGUGUAGGAAAUGUUAAUAAAACCCUUCACUGAACUUCAAAAAUAUAUCUCCAUGUUCUCAGAUUGUCCACAAAGCUUGUGUCUAUCGAAGAGCUUUCUCACGAUUUAGAUUGCUCACUAGUUUGGACAUUCCAGAUGGACUCUGCUACCAUGAAGCAGGGUUUUGCUAAGGGCAUAUUACCUUAUUUGCUCAAGCAGAAAUCUGACGUCGGUAUUAGUCUGCCAUGCCAAAUUUUUGUUCCAUGAUUUAAGAAUCAAUUUGGGUCUAUGUCAAAAUGUUCAAUUUAAAUAAUGCUGACUGUUUCGAUCAAAUCUUAACUUCGUACUUUAAAAACUACGGGAUAGCAUAUGAGUCAUCGUGUCUCAAUACACCAGAAAAAAAUAGAGUAGCUGAAAGAAAAAAUGGUCAUCUUCUUGUGGUAACAUGGGCCUCUGUGUUUCAAAACAAUGUCUAAAUCCUUUUUGUGGAGAAGUAAUGCUUACGACGACUCAUCUCAUAAAUCAUUUGCCAUCUGGAGCCUUAAGAUUCAAGAGUUUAAUAGAAAUAAUGUCAUUAUUCUCUUUUCAAACCUACACACUAAAAUUUUUCCUGACUGUCAAUCCUUGCUUGGUUUCCGUCAAAAACGUUUAACAGGAAAGUCUGGAAAAGUUAACCUCAUUCUGUGUCAGGACUGUUGUCUGUGGAUGAAUUGUUCCUGAUGGAUUUGAUCAGUUAAUCGGCUUAACUGGUAUCCUGAGGACGUUGACAAGAGUGUUCAUUUUCUCUUGAAAUCUUAAUUUAUUUAUUUUAAAACCAGAUGGCUUCUGCGACUGCAGGAGAGAGAUAAUCAUGUCAGAUGUGCCUUAAACAUUUUUUUCAUUUGACGUUCAGACUGAAAUUUGGUCUGCACAUUCAUGACAACCUAUGAUGUAAAGUCAAGUGUUCAACUUUUUGUGCUUGAAAAAUAAAUAAAUUGGAAGGCUGUGUCGCGAUUGGUAUUUUUUUGCGCCUGGUUUUGAUAAAAGUAAAGCAAAAUCAGCGACUUUUCACUCCCCAUACGUGCUGUUUUUAUGAGGUCUGGUCUUGGGCAAUGGGAACUGGUGAUUUUUUUUCCAACAUAAUUUCACUUUAAAGAACGUACUGGUAUCAAAAAAAAAUCUUGAGCUGGACUUGAUAAAUCGAGUUAUAGACUUUUAAAACUGCAAAUUGAAUUGAACAUUGUAUAUGAAUAUAUUUGUAUAGUGGGAGUUAUUUCUCUUGCACCAAAUUAGAAAGGGUAGCCUGAAUGUAAUGUAACUUAGGCAGUAAUCCUAGGGAACAUAUUUUGGCUCAUAAAUUUUUUCCAACUUAGGCAGUAAUCUCAUUCUUUUUUCUCUUUUCAUUUUAUUAUCCAGAUACUGAAUCAGCUAGAGCAUCUAGAAGACAAUUGAGGGACGCCAUAUACACAGUACUGUUUGAUAUGAAUGUUCCAGCCGUUUGUGCCAUAGAUCAAGUAUAAUUUCCUUUACAUAUUUUUUUAAUUUAAUAUGUGAUGAGAUCAUCACUUCAAUUUAUUUUCAUCAAGUUGCAUUGUGUGCGUUCAAAUUUUUGUACAUAGAGAACAAGGUGUCCCUUAAAUAUCUUCUUUUGCUUGUUCAAAAUAUAUGACCCCUUUGGUCUGGACAGUUGAUCGUGCCAUGGAUACUCUUUCAAUAUAAUCUUAUUUACCUGUUGAGACAUUGUUUCCCAGGCAAUCUGAAUUUGUCCUUGGGGAGAAUAAUUUCAUAAAGGUGGAACUCCACAAGUUUCAAGCAUAUGGAUGUAUGGACAUUGGGAAUUAUUAUGCAUGAAUGCUCUAUAUUACUCCACCAAGAUCAGUCCUCAAACAAGUCAGAUUCUAGUUUAUUGGAUCCUUUUGUCCCCGUUUCAAAUAUGUCGUGCUUGGUCUGUCCUGGGGUUCCAAAAGGAGACUAUAUAGUUUCCAAAUAAAUGACGAGAUAAAAUAAUAAUAAAAGUUAAAAAGGGUAACCUAGUUUUUAUUCCCCUACUUGAUGGCCAUUGAGUAUUAGAUUAGUUUUUUCAAUGAACUAAACCACUAAGCUCAACCACCUAUCUUACUUUAACUUUAGAGCGAGUUACCAUAAAGUAUGAUGAGUCCUAUUUUGCGCAAUACCCAUUUAAUUUUCUGUGAAUUUGGUGAGGAUUUGAAUUAUCUCUUACUUUCUGCCUUCGUAGUUAAUAAUUCUGCUCUCUUUCAUUUUUUUGGAAAAUUUGACACCUGCGUUAAUGUCAUAAUAUAGCUUUCUUAGGUCCAUACAUCGUUGGCUAGUAUAAUUGGAUCGUAACUAAAUGCCAGAAUGGGAGCGUGUAAUUCAAGAUAUUUAUUUUUUUAGUUUUUCAAGAUUCUAUAUUGAAAAUAAAACACUCUAUGAUGGCGUAAAAAUUCGUGAUUUUACGAAUAUUGUUUCCUUAUGCUAUUUUAUUUCUACAUCACUUUUGCUCACCAUUUCUUACUUAUUUCUUACUUAUUGUCUAUGACAAAUUUUCGUUUCUUUGUGUUCAUUUAGUCAGUUUUAGGAUUGUAUGCGGCAAGGCGUACUUCAGGGAUUGUUGUCAAUAUUGGCUUCAAUGUCACGUCUGUUGUGCCCAGUAAGCUCUUUGACUACGCAAAUUUGUAAAUAUUUCCAUGGCACUGCCGAAAACAGGCCGAUUUGAGUGCAACAAGCUUAAGUGCCUUUAUGGUUCCGUACCAUGAGGAGUGCUUUAUAUAAUUAAUACUUCAAGAGAACAAAAAAUGUGUACAAGUGGUAAUAUUAUAUAGAUGCUUGAGGGAACUGAGAGGAAGCUUCAGUAUGCUUUAGUUGUGUCCUGGAAUUGCAGUUUUAUUUCUGGGAAUCAUGGGUUUUGUCAGCUGCCAUAUGGUUUUGUUUGUUUGCAUAUCUUGAUGAGUCUGUCGCUAUAAUAACAUGCAAGAUUUAUCUGAUUGGCCUCUUUGAUAUAAAUAAUAAACUUAAGAUCACUAUUUAUUAUUUUCUGUGGUGGACAUUGCCAGACUGCCUAAUGCGAAUUAGUGUGAUUUUAGCCAAGCAAAAUGUGAUGCGCAUACAAAUCGGUCAAUUUUAUGUAUUCACUGGUCGAUUGUUCUGAUUUCUGCGGACUCAUUACAUACCACAUAUCACGCUCACCUUAAUGCAAUUCGUGUUGACCCUUGUCAUCUGAGAGGCUAAUACUCGCUGGUGGUUGGGGUGGGGAGGGGGGUGUGUUUCUAUCUUGUUCGUCUUUUCAAGUCACGAGUCUAUGCCCCUCGUUCUCAAUUUUUCUCCCAUUUUCUUCACCCUAGGAAAGUAUAUUUUAAAAAUUAAGGAACAGUUUUUUCUUUUAUCAUAUUCUGAGGCCUCAGACCACCCCUUUCUGUCCAACAGUACCUUGUCCCUAGUGUAGUUCAUGGUCAGUGUCCUCCUUGAUUACAAUGGGUAAUUAGUGAAUUAAUCGGGUCGGACUUCUGGUUAACAAACUUUUGGAAAUUUAUUGUAAUUUGUGUAUGUAUUUGUUUGCAUUAAGAAGGGAAUAAUGUUUAGGUAUUUCUAAACUUUCAAUAGUGGAAGGGUAAUUUCAUUUUAGUUUCUGUAAAGCUGAUCCGACUCCUUUUCCUGAUUCUACUGUAUAAGCUAUCCUGUCUUAGACUGGGUUGAAUGAGCACAAUGGUGGAAAUGACAUAAUAUUACAUGAACUUCCUAAAAAGCACAUGAUGGUUGACGAUAAAUGUAAAAAUGGCAGAAUUGUGGGUAAAAGAGUCUUUUUCAAUUCAAAAUUUGUUUACAAAUAUUUGAAACCUUCCAAACCUCAGAAAUGCAUUGUCAAAAUAUUCUUCUAAUCCUAAAACCCAAAUGCUCGAUUGCUUUUUCUGUUCCAUAAGUUCUUCAAAGGUCCCAUCUUUGUAAGCAUGAUUUUGACGUAGUAGUGCAUGGCGAAUUUUGUCGUCAUGAGCGCAAAUGUUUUCAUCAAGGUGGUACCACUCGGUUGUCUUAUAUUUCUAGGUCCCAUAACCAGCUGUGUACACUUAGUUUUCUAAUGUAGUUGGUACUAGUAUACUCAGUACCUCAUCAUGGUGGAGAUUCCGCGUUUGAAUUUACCAUUCUUUUUAUGUCGUAUCUUCUAUGGAUAUCCCAUAUUUUCCUGCUUCUGUCAAUGUGAUUUUCAUACUAAUAACCUUUUUUUGGUUGUGAUGACGAACAGUUCGUUGUGGUAAAGUGAUGCGUGAAGUGGGUGUCGAAGUUGUGGGAUUAGGUGCAUUGAAGUUGACGGGAUUUCUAAGAGAGCAGAUGCAACAAAGAAAUAUGAAUUUUGAGUCAUUAUAUACUGUUCGGACGCUGAAAGAGGUAAUAGUUCUGUGGUUCCAGUUGAGAACCUUGAUUGCAGCUUUUACGUUAACAUUCACCUAAUACGAUCGAAUGACAUAAGUAGGUUUCAAGUUCUACGGGUUCUGACCUACAGAUUUUCCUUACUUAGAUUUAAAUAUAGAAGAACUUUGAAUAAAUCAGUAGUAAGAAAUUUUUGGGUCAAAAACCUUUGCACUUGAAACAUAUGGCGAAAGCUGUCUUUGGUGGCAGUCGAUUGUCCUGAAGUAAUUUAUUCAAAUGAUUUUAAUGUAGUUAAAUUUUUUCAUGGUUAUAUCCUUUCAGAAGCUAUGCUAUGUCGCUGCUGAUUAUCAUGCUGAACUUUCUAAAGUUACCCAAGCAUCAUGUGAGAUCUCUGGGGAGGGUUGGUUCACUCUGUCAAAGGAGCGGUUCAAAACAGGAGAGAUUCUCUUCCAGCCGCAGAUUGGAGGAAUGUGAGUUUUUUAUUUCAUAUAUUUAUCUAUCAAGUAUUCAGCAUUUUGGAUUGCAACUUUCUAUGGACUUUAUUUACUGGGCUUAUCAAUACCAGGAACAUAGUUUAUCGGAGAAAUAUUACACGAUAAGGCCCUCUGGGGUAACUUUGAUAAGUGCCGUGCAAGUAAUCUUCAAUGAAGUAUAAAGCGGUUGAGAUUUCCAUAUUUUAAGAGCAAUGGAGGCAUAGGAUAAAUUGUAUGGAGCCAUAGAUUCGCCCACACGCUCUGUUCGAUCCAUUUCUUCGGGUCCCCAUGAAUUGUAUGCUUGUUACAAUAGCGAGAAAAUUGUCAAAUUAUAACUGGGUUUAUUGUGUCGGUUUCGAUUGCCCAGAAUUUAAGCCUGAAUUGUAAUGCAUUUGGUUACUAACCACAAAUAAUCAGUAUUCAGGGUUGAAUGAAUUGGUCAUGAUUAUUUCAAAGAAGCUAUCCAAGUUAAAGUCGGGGCAUGUCUUUGUGAGCUUGGAUUUAAAAUAUGGAUGUUGUAUGCCUGUCUUGGAGAAUCUUUUAUUGGGUGCAAGUUUAUAUUGAAGGUGGACGGUUUGAUCAUUCUUCCCAUUUAAAUGAUAAUUAUUUAGAGAGAGUUUGCUUUGAAUAGUGAGAAGCAAUAUAUUUUAGAUGGACGUGAGAAAAACUUAAUGCGUCGUUGUAGCAUAAAUACUAUUAGUGAGGAACAUAUUUUUUCUCUUAUAACUCAGGAGUAUUGACUGACAUAGUCGAGUCAUUAGAAAGGGUUUCCAUUUGUCUAGAGAACAUAGAAGACCUAAGGGCUUUGAAAUCAUCUUAACAUCUCUCAAGGUAUCUGUAGCUUUGAGAGAUUUCAGAGGCAUUAAAAUUCACCAGAAACUUAUUGCUUUUAUCUUUUAUCUAAUGCUUACGAAUUAUUUCAGAUUUGAUGCACCUGUCAAGUAUUUAAUAUGAAAGAUCUUCGUAGUUUUUGAAGAGUAGAUUGAGGUCAUCCUCUGGGGGCAGGGGAAAGAAAUAUCUUUGAAGAAGUUACCCACCGGAUAAUACAAGUCAGGAAGGAUUGAGGUCAUCCAGAACCAAAAGUUGGUUCUGACUAUGCUUGAUUUAAAAUCAACGACGGAUAGAUCAUCAUAAUGUUCUUAUGAAUGAGGAUCUGACUUUCUUUUUUUUUUUUUGGUUCUUUGUGUAAAUAUGUAGAGGGUGUCCCAAGGGUUCCCUUUUUAAAAGAUUAAAUCAAUGAUCAAUCCCCUCUGCCUCCAACCCAUCUUCAUUUUCUUAGGCCAAUAUAGUUUCAUCAUAGGAAAUAUGAUAAUCUCAUUGGUCGCCUCACAUUUUCUGCCAGAUUUUUAUUGAGUUUAAAUCUUGCACAUUUAUAACAUUUUCACGACAUUGUAUUAGAUAAUGGACAUCCACACACGACUAGCUAUGUACUCAACGCAUUUAGGCUUCAUAAGAGACAAUCUAUACAUAUUCAGUUUCAGUUUCUCUGUUGGAGUUAACUGUUUAUUCUCUUCUGUCUUCCAGACAUGCAAUGGGUUUGCACAGUGCGGUGUCACUUUGCAUGCAUCAUUGUGCUGAUUCAGGUAUUUUCAGUGAUGAUGGAUGGUUCAAGACCGUUGUUUUGGUGGGUGGCACCUCAUGUUUACCUGGACUUCCAGGUUGGGGCUCAUUUCUACAAUUCAUUUACGUUUGGUGGAAUUUAUAUUCAUGCAGUUAUUCAAACCUGCUACUACUCCCUCGAACUAUGGAUCUAAGAUAUAGUCUCCCUUUUUUGUUGGGUAGGCGUGUUGUUAGUGGAUGAUGCUGGUACUGGCAGACUUUGUUGAGCUCGCAUGGUGACUGAUAUCUCCUCUGUUUCAGAGAGACUAGAAAAGGAGCUCAUCAGACUUCUUCCACCGUCUAUUUCUGAGGGCAUCAAAGUUCUUCCGCCACCAUAUGGUGUUGAUUCUGCUUGGUAUGGUGCAAAAAUUGUAAGCAACGUAAGUAAAAAUAAAUAAAAAUACAUGCUUAUAUUACUAGUCUAUUUCAGAAAUCAUCUUUUUUUUAUCUUCCCAUUUUAAAGUAUUUAUUCACCCAUCCGACAUUUUGUUUGUUUAUUUUUUAAGAUUUUCUUUACUAAUUGAGUGAAAUAUUAUCCUGAACUGUUUCAUGGGGCAGUUGCAUGGGAUAUAUACACUGGAAUUUCACAUCUGACAUGUUUACCAAGAAAAAAUCAGUUCAAAGUAUCAUCAUCACCAAAACUUUUUGAGGACGAUCCUGACUUUGUCCUCUUAUCAUUCAUUAGAAUGCAUCUUUUUAUGGCCUAUUUCGAGUGAGAUUUUAGUGUUUAUAAGGCUGUGUGGGAUAAUCGUUGGAUAUCAAGAUGAGUUUCCCUCCGGUGUCAAAGUGGGAAAAUCCUAUUUUAAUGGACAUUUUAGGGGUGUAAAUCACCCCCAAAAAGAAGUGGGGAAUCACCCCAAAACACUGGAAUGUACUUCAGUUCAUGAGUACAGAUUGCAUCUUUCAUAUUCAUCCAAUCAUACCACAUCUAGGUGGCAGAAUCUAUGCGGAUUACCAAGGUUCUGCGCAUAUAUAUUUUUUUAUUUUUGCAAUGAAAUGAUAGUCUCAAGUUAUCCCACCAAGGUAAAUUGAAAUGAUGCAUCGAUUGGGUAGGGAGAUAUAGAAUGGUGACAUUCUAUAUUUUCCGUGGACCUAAGAUCUCAAGAACAGGAGAAACACUUGGGAAUCCCGCAUAAUGCUUGAUGGGUUGACAUACUCAACGCAUAUUCACACAAAGAACCGUUUGAAAAUCACAAAUGAAACAUCAACUACCUGUCUCUCAGCCAAAUAACUUUUUCUGGCUGAAGGCUCUGGCAGGCAUUUGAGAUACCUUCAAGGUCUUCGUUCAUGUCUUUCUUCUUGCAUCUCCUUUUCAGGUGAGCACCUUCCACAGCGCUUGGUGCAUCACGAAGAAGCAGUUUCGCCAGAAGCAUCGGGGAAGAAAUCCUCUUGCUGGUUCGUAG